CAGAACAUGGACUUCGCGUGCCUCUGGCCAGGGCUGCUGCUGCCCUUGGUAGUUGCGCUGGAUUUCAGAUACCACCACCAGGAAGGGAUGGAAGCGUUUUUGAAGACUGUUGCCCAAAACUACAGUUCUAUCACUCACUUACACAGUAUUGGGAGAUCUGUGAAAGGCAGAAACCUGUGGGUUCUUGUUGUGGGACGGUUUCCAAAGGAACACAGAAUUGGGAUUCCAGAGUUCAAAUACGUGGCAAAUAUGCAUGGAGAUGAGACUGUUGGGCGGGAACUACUGCUCCAUCUGAUCGACUAUCUCGUAACCAGUGAUGGGAGAGACCCGGAAAUCACAGGCCUAAUCAACAGUACCCGGAUACACAUCAUGCCUUCCAUGAACCCAGAUGGAUUCGAAGCUGUCAAAAAGCCUGACUGUUAUUACAGUAACGGAAGGGAAAAUUAUAACCAGUAUGACCUGAAUAGAAAUUUUCCUGAUGCUUUUGAGUUUAAUAACGUCUCAAGACAGCCUGAAACUCUGGCAGUCAUGGAGUGGCUGAAAAAAAACACAUUUGUUCUCUCUGCGAACCUCCAUGGUGGUGCCCUUGUGGCCAGUUACCCAUUUGAUAAUGGUGUUCAAGCAACUGGGGCUUUACUCUCCCGAAGUCUAACUCCUGAUGAUGAUGUCUUCCAACAUCUCGCACAUACCUAUGCUUCAAGAAAUCCCAGCAUGAAGAAAGGAAAUCAGUGUAAAAAUAAAAUGAACUUUCCUGAUGGUGUUAUAAAUGGAUACUCCUGGUAUCCACUCCAAGGUGGAAUGCAAGAUUACAACUACAUCUGGGCCCAGUGUUUUGAAAUUACAUUGGAGCUGUCAUGCUGUAAAUAUCCUCUUGAGGAGAAGCUUCCAUCCUUCUGGAAUGUUAACAAAGCCUCAUUGAUUGAAUAUAUAAAACAAGUGCACCUAGGUGUAAAGGGUCAAAUUUUUGAUCAAAAUGGAAAUCCAUUACCCAAUGUAAUUGUGGAAGUCCAAGACAGGAAACAUGUCUGCCCCUAUAGAACCAACAAAUUUGGAGAGUAUUAUCUCCUUCUCUUGCCUGGGUCCUAUAUAAUAAACGUUACAGUCCCUGGACAUGAUCCACACCUCACAAAGGUGAUUAUUCCGGAGAAAGCCCAGAACUUCAGUGCCCUUAAAAAGGAUAUUCUACUUCCAUUCCAAGCGCAGUUGGAUUCUGUCCUGGUAUCAAAUCCUUCAUGCCCAAUGAUUCCCCUGUACAGAAAUUUGUUGAGCUACUCAGCUGCAACAAAGCCUAGUUUGUUCUUAUUUUUAGUGACUCUUUUGCACGUAUUUUUCAAAUAAAGUAAAAUGUGAACCUCA